UUCCAGUGUAAACCAAUGUGCGCAAAAUGAAAGUAACAAUCAAGUCAUGGACGGGAGUUGCAACUUGGCGUUGGAUAGCGAAUGAUGAGAAUUGCGGUAUUUGUCGCAUGUCCUUCGAGAGCACUUGCCCAGAGUGUGCGCUGCCCGGUGACGAUUGCCCCCUGGUGUGGGGUGUCUGCUCCCAUUGUUUCCACAUGCAUUGCAUUGUCAAGUGGCUCAACUUGCAACCAUUGAACAAACAGUGUCCCAUGUGCCGCCAAAGUUGGAAAUUCAAUAUACACUAAACAAGGAAUCGGAAGCGAAAACGAGUGGAG